CGCUUCACGCGGAAUUUUAAGAUCGAGCACGAACUGUCUGCGCCAACUGCCGUCGUAGCUAAGAUAGGCGUCGUCGUUUCAACUAUGGUCGUCACUACUGCAAACGUAGCAGUUUUGCCCAAAGGAUGCUUGUUUAAAUAACGUCACCUUCUUCGCUAUCGCUUGCUGCUGAGCCUUCUUCGACGCGUCACCAGCGAAUGACUGAACUUAUCACGAUUGCCAUAGUUGUGAACUUCUUGGUUCCCUGGGUGUCGACGGCGUGCCCCUCUCGAGCCGUCGUCAGUGACACUACCGUGGCCAAACUUCUCGAGAUUUUCCGGAAGCAAGAUCGAAAUCCCGUCAAUCUACAAGGGGUUUCGGGCCAUGUCCGCGACUAUGUGUACGAUGACGUCACAGCGUCGAAAUUCAACGUGUCCCGACUGAUCAGCCGUCCUCAGUUUCGGCGCUACUGCCUUGCUGGUAGAGACGACAUCGUGGAAGUCGACUACACUUUUUCUGCCAAAGUAUCGGCACUAUGGUGGCGACGAGGUGACAGUGGUUCAUUCGAUGCCCACAUCCAAGGCGUCGGAAUGGUGGUUCACUACGUCGUUGGCCACAGCGAAUGCGAUGGAAGCGCGUGGCUGUGCACUAACAAUGUCGACGUCAGUGGCAUGGGACGUCCCAAUCUUACGAUGAAAGUAUAUGACGGAAACCUCGACGUGUCAUCGAUAGAAGCAGCUCGCAAAAUGCUGGAAAUCGAGGAACCACGCCUUAUCAGGAAAAUCAAGGGAGUCCUUAGACGCGAAGUUCUUGCUUGUGGUGGCAGUUUGCCGAGGAACGAGCGGAAUUUGCAGGAGAAACGCGUCGUGCGGCGGAUUUCUCUUCAACAGAGCUUUGUUUAGGUCGGCUAUUGCACCCGCUGUCAUUCUAGAAACGCAGUUGAGGUAGGUUGCAUAACUAAAGACCUUCGGUGAAGUUUCUCUUUGAACAAGAGGAAGGUUUACAGAUCUCUCGUGCGAAGAACUUUCGAGCAGAGUCCGCAAGCAAGGACCUUUAGGUCCAAUGACUCAGCGUUUAAGCACUCCGGCCAAAGCUUACGAGGGCGUGUGUGGCUGAUGGCAUUUUAGUGUAACCAGCGACAGCAAGUUACGCGAUCCGCACGAGAGGGAAACUACAGUACCGCGAUUUUGAUUUAUCAAUUUAUCCGCUAGCCCGAAGAUACUUAUUUCACACUCACGCCAUACUAGAGCCUUUGACGGCUUCGAGUUUUGCAUAGCACAUAAUUUUAACUUCCCUACCUAGUUGCUCUAAUCGACAGCAUCAUGACCCUCUGUACUCGGCUGAAGAGUGCCGGGAAUGCUGCAGUUUUGUUGGAUGAGCCUGCUUGUGCACGUGGUCCAGUAAUCGAAAACUGUGCCGAGGCGUCGAGCGAGGCGACCAGGUCGGCCGCCUGGUCGACCUGGUCGACCUAGCCUAGCAUGGGCGUGGUUCGUCGCAGCCUCCUGCAUCUGCUCACGUGUACCGGGAAGCGGGCAGCCAGCUGGGGAAGUAUGGUGGUAUACUGGGGUUCCAUCACAGCUAAGCGACCUCAAUUACAAGGUAAGGGCCGUGCGGAUACAGUUGGCCCCUCCAUUCUAUAGCGAUCGUUGCUUAGGAAUAUGAAAACGACAUCUAAAAGAAAGUAAAGACCGUUCUAGGGAGGGUCUAAACAGCUAGUCUUGUUUGGGACGCAAGCUUUAAAGCCUGGUGGGAUGUUUGAGAAAUGAUGGUUGUUCUCUUAGCUGUUCUGAAACAGCAGAUCAGUGCUCCGAAGACAAAGGUUAUCCAUUUGCUUUCGUCAUGACUACCUGUCUUUGGUAAUGUAGAUUAUAAAUAUUUUGGUGGAAUCUUACAUUAUUCGUCGGUCCUUUUACUUUUAAAAACAUGAAUAUUCACUGGAAAAGCACUUAAUAAACAACUUGUCAUGGCCCAAA